AUGAAGACGUAUGCAUCUGCUGGCAUCAAAGACACCAUUUGGAAGAAGAUUAAAAGCAAGUUUAAAGUGGCUUACGCUUCGGAUGUCUUAGAUUAUGAAGUUCUUCAUCAUUAUAACUGUGUCUGGCUCAACCCUGAAAUCAGGCCUGAAGGUGUGGGCCUGCUAACCCAUCUGUCAAAGAUUAAGAAGAAAAUAAUCAAUGAAAAAAUCAGAGAGAGAUCUUUAGGUUUGAUGACCUUGAUGAAAUUAUACGGAAAAUCAGUUAUUGGUCGCAGACUUAUUCAUCUUAGACUUAAUAAGAGCUUCUCUCCAGAGGAGCUUACUAAAAACUACUCAAUAUACUUUUGGUGCAACGCCCGCAAUUUUGGGCUUGAUGAGUAUUACUGGCGGCAAAGAAUUAUCUAA